UCUCUUCCUCCCUUUCCUUUGUUUUUCCCUAGAAACUACUCUCUAUUUGUUUUCUUUUUUACUUUCUGUGAAGCUCUUGAAACUCUUGAUUCUACACUUGUUUCAGAAGUCUUUCUAGACCCAUUUUCUUCUUUCUCUUGUAGCAUCAUAAUACCCAAAAAAGGAAAAAAAAAAAGGGGGUUGGAGGGACUUUGGAGUAUUUGUCUGAUUUAGUGGGAAGCAAUGGCCAUAAACGCAAGAAGGAGAAGCAAUUACAGACCGUAGAGCUGAAGGUGAGAAUGGACUGUGAUGGCUGUGAGCUCAAGGUCAAGAAUGCCCUUUCUUCACUAAGUGGAGUUAAGAAGGUAGAGAUAAACAGGAAACAGCAGAAGGUGAGUGUAACAGGGUAUGUUGGUUCAAACAAGGUGUUGAAGAAGGCUAAAUCAACAGGAAAAAAAGCUGAGAUUUGGCCUUAUGUUCCUUACAAUUUAGUGGCUCAGCCUUACAUUGCUAAGGCUUAUGACAAGAAGGCACCUCCUGGUUAUGUCAGAAAUGUAGAAACCACAGCAGACAUUGGGACUGUCACCAGAUAUGAAGACCCUUAUAUCUCCAUGUUUAGUGAUGACAAUCCAAAUGCUUGCUCUAUCAUGUAAUGAAACCCUAACCAAAAUUCCAAUGUAUUUUAUUUUUUUAAUUUUUGUUUGGUAUUAUAGUAUUGUGUUUCAUUAGUGUAACUUCUGAGCAGAUUGGUGAGUUCAUGAAUGUUUUCUUGCUUUGCUCUU